CAACAUGAAUUCCUCACAGGUGUCGCGUGCGGGACCUAGCUGGCACCCUUGCAGUCCGGCGGUAUCACCACCCUGCUGCAUCUGAAGCUCAGGAAUAGGAGGCUCUGAGAUCUGUGGCGGAUCUCACACAAAUGUGGCCACUCGCCGUGAGGGGCCCUCGGCUUGCCAGCUCUCCAGCCGGAAGUCAGCAGAACAGUAAAGAUGGCACAUACUGCACCGUCUAGGCCAUGGACAGCAAGGCCAAGCAAAGGAGAUCUCGCAAGGUGUGCGAGAACUGCCACGUACGCAAGCUACGCUGCAAUGUCGAGGACAUUGGAUCACCAUGCAGCAAUUGCGUAACCUAUCGCGCUUCCUGCGUGCUGCGGAAGCGCAAGAACAGACGAGAGUCCCUAUUAUCCGAGCAUGCCCGAAGACGCAGCCCACCAGUCUCGGUCGCUCAGGCUUCACCUGCGCAUGGUGCCAUGGAAGUCCUGGGCCCAUUUGCACGAAGCCCUUCAGAUGACAGAGACAGCACUGGUCCCAUGACAGUGGAGUCCUUCGACUAUAAUCAUAUGCUUGAUCUUGACGAUGUCUUCACAUUCACUGGCAAUAGCUCAAGUAUGCCAUUGGCAGCUUCCCACAGCUUCAGUGCCAAUGCUCCACCAUCACCACAUCCUGGUGCCUUCGCCACCUUCGCACACCUCUGCAAAGAUGAUCUUACCUUCCUGCGCGAACAGGGCUGCCUCGAUUUGCCUCAGAAAGGAGUCUUCCGGGAGCUCAUGUUGCUAUACUUCAAAUUCGUUCAUCCGAAUUUACCCAUUGUGCCCCAAGAGCUUUUCUGGUCUCGGUGGCAUGGAGAUGAGUUUGUGCUGGGGACAUUUUCUUUGCUGCUCGUCCGCGCUAUGAUAUACGCAGCAUCCGGUUAUGCGAACGCCAGUCUCCUGUCCGCCUUGGGCUUCGAAAACAGACGCGAAGCGAGAAAUGCAUCGUAUCGCAAAGCAAAAUUGGUCUUCGACUUCGAGGCAGAUCGAGACCCAAUCUCCAACGCGCAAAGCUGUCUUCUUCUGACCUACGAGACCAGCACUAUGCAGCUGCGCAUCAACUCGUCCUGGCUCGCUCAUGCAAUACGCUUUGCGAGAAUGGCUCGGGCAGAGUCGUAUUAUCGGUACCAGACCAGUGACAACCAAGGAGCAAAGUUACUGAAGCGGCUUUGGUGGGGAAUUGUCUUCCGCGACAGAAUACUGUCUCUGGGUUUGCGGAGAAAAUUGCAAGUCGAGAUCGAUCCUACUUGGGAGGAUGCCCAUGGUCGACUCAAGGAGGAAUAUGCACUCUCUGCCGCUGACUUCGACUCAGAGCUAGGCGUGUCGCCCGUGCACAGUCUCGAAACUCAGCUUCGUUUGGCGCAAUUGGUCAACCUCACUUGCCAUCUGAUGCCCGGUCUGAGCGGAGCCCUCGGUAUUUUGUACCAUCAUGAGAGCUUAGACGAUCGACUGGAAGCUGCUUCGCGCUCUCUGGUCUCAAGUAUCAACAACUUACACCGAGCCGUUGCAGAAUUAGGACGGUGGCAAGAGAGUGCCCUGCAAAUCUUCCCGUCCCCCAUUAGUCUGGACGAUAGCGAUGUCGAUGAAGCGAUCUCAAUCUACGCCAACAUGCUUUUCGUAUACCAAGCGUCGGCAGUGUUCGCGCUGCAAAGUCAGCUCAUCUUCAUCCACGAGCUGGUACCGGCUUCAAGAUCACUCAUCGAUGAAGACACUAUUGAAGAGUCCGUAGAGGCACUGGAAGAUGCCAACGCCGAUAUCAUGCGACGCAUCAAAGAGUUGAUUCAAACACGACUACUGGACUCGUUACCUGUCAGUAUAGUCCCGUUGGUGGGCCCUCCCCUACUGCUUCAGGCGAUCAAUUUGGCUGCGGUACGUGGUACGCAUUUGGAGGCCACAGAAAGUCGGAAGCUGGAUAUCUUCACGCGCACACUCGAGAGCUGUCGAGAACGCUUCCGAGGCAGCGAGUUCGUUUUUGACCUUCUGAUGAACAUGAUUGGUUAUGCCCAAGAUGACGAGAAGUUCAUGAGUGCCAUGUCAAACUGGCGCCGGAGCUCUAAAGAUGUUGACUAUUCGACUUCUGGCCACACGAGGAUAAAGCUGGACUGGAGUAAUCUGGUAUGUCAAAGGCCGAAGCUCUUCUUGCGCCUCAUGGUACAUAUGGAUCUUGCCUUUUGCACGGGACACCCGCCGGAUGAGUCAGAUCUUCCUGAGGGACUGCGGAAGCAAGCAGCAUGAUUCACGGUCAAUGGCAGACCGUCUCCAGUCUCAGAAAGCUCGCCAGUGUCAAAAGUGAGUAGACAGGCAGACCCGUCAUAUUCGGGGAAAUGAGGGCGCUAGAUUGAUCGCGACUGCACAAUAGACUCGAGUCCUAUUGUGGCGGUCGCAGUUGCCUCAUUGUCGAUAGGUGAUAUUGUCCCUGGUGCCUUCCGCAGCCCUACAUCAACCCCUUGCCCUCCUCCACGUUCUCCCUCGUGCCGCCCUUGCACUUCCACUUCUGCUUCAACACCGACACCGAAACCAUCUUAGUACACCGCAGACCUGUGAGCCUCAACACGCUAUCGGCGCUCCUUCUCGGCCAGGCAGGCGCAUUCACCCCAGCAAACUGUGGCGCUCUUGGCAUCGACGCAGCUGUCGCCUUCCUUAUUUGAGCAGCUCCCCCGUCGCGGUCACCACCACCUGUGCGACAACGACAUCAACAUCGGCAUCGACAACGAAGCCGCUCCAGCUU